AUGACCGCGUUCAACGUUCGCAAUCUGGCCUCGCGCGCUGCCCAGCGCCUCGCUGAACACCGCCCAAAAACCGAGGCGCGCAGCAGCGCUUUCAGCACAGAACCACUGCCAACGGACACUUUUGCGGCCGUAGACACCGAGUCAAUGAGAACUCUGUCCCAUAGCGAAGGACCCUGCCCAAAGUCGAAGAUGGGCCGGUUCCUGGAGAAAGUCCGAGGGAAGUUCUCGAAGCGUCUGGUUAAGCGGGAGGCAAUAGACGAACCUUGCGCGAGCUGCCUCGAUAUCAUGCCUGCUGAGUGCCUGAUCAGUAUGCCUUGUCAGCACAAGUACUGCAGCAGAUGUUUGAAGCAGAUGGUGUUUACAGUCAUGCCGGAUGAAGGGCUGUUCCCACCCAGAUGCUGCAAACAGAAGAUCCCAACCGAGGUCAUCCUGCCCGUGUUGACACCAAAGGAAAGAACGGUGUAUUUGGCCAAGACACAGGAGUAUGCGAUUCCAGCUCGAGAACGCUGCUACUGCCCCGCGGCAACGUGUGGCCGAUUUAUCCCGCCAAAGCACCUGAACAGCAAGCUCACGUCCCAGAGCUGCCCGUACUGCAGCACGACGUUCUGUUCCGGCUGCCGAUUCCCGGGGCUCCCUUCGAAACACUACUUCCCAGACCCUGGACUGGUGGCCGUCUUCGAAGAUCCGCGCCUCGGCAAAGGACCGAGAGGGUUCAAAUGUGGCUCCUUGGUGGACCUCUUAUUCAACUGCGAUCAUGUUACAUGUCGAUGCAAAGCACAAGUCUGUAACAUGUGUCGCAAUCCUUGGUUGUCGUGUACAUGUGCGAAGCCAGGCCAACGACCGAUUGAUUUCCUCACCUUCAUUGUUGGGCACAGUGGAGUGAACCGAGAUCAGGAGGCAGAACUGGCCGCCGUGGUGGCUGCAAUCCUAUGCAACGAAAGGCUGCGGGAUGAGGAAAUGGCAAAGACGCAAGGCGUGGACAAAGGCAGCCACAAGUGCCGGGAUCGGGGGAGUCUGCUGAUAGCACCGCAGACUCGCGCGACUUGGAGAGUGUCCUAG